CCCUAAUUGUGUCGGCGUCUCCCGCAUUGGUCUGCCGCCGACCACCACAAUCCCUGAGCCCAUUCGCAGCCGAGAGAGGAGAAUGGCGGACGCUUCGGACGCGGUGGAUGUCGGAGGGGCGCAGCCGAAGAAGAGGACCUUUAGGAAGUUCUCCUACCGUGGCGUCGAUCUCGACCAGCUCCUCGACAUGGGCCUCGACGAGCUCGUCAAGCUUUUCGAUGCUCGUGCUCGCAGAAGGUUCCAGAGGGGGCUGAAGAGGAAGCCCAUGGCUCUGAUUAAGAAGCUUCGCAAGGCGAAGCGUGAUGCCCCGCCUGGUGAAAAGCCUGAACCUGUGAGGACCCACCUUAGGAAUAUGAUAAUAGUCCCCGAGAUGAUUGGAAGCAUCAUCGGUGUUUAUAACGGAAAAACUUUUAACCAGGUUGAAAUCAAGCCUGAGAUGAUCGGUCAUUACUUGGCGGAGUUCUCUAUCUCAUAUAAGCCUGUGAAGCAUGGAAGGCCUGGUAUCGGUGCCACGCACUCCUCCAGGUUCAUCCCUCUCAAGUAACAACUGCAGAUCGAGGAUGUUGGCAAAUUCCUGCUGCUAUUCGAGUAGUUUCUUUUUUUCCCUCUUAUGUAGGAGCCGCUAUCAUGUUUACUUAUAUCAUCUGUCUUUUGGAUUUAUUGAGGGAAGUAAUGUUGGUCUGUGUUAGAUUCAUCUCAGCUUUUUGUUUUGCCUUCCUUGACGAGAAGAAGAAACGAUGGCUAUUUCCUUGUUGGAUAAUUUUCCAUUAAAUCAGCUACUUUUACUUAAA